UACCAUACGCUCAACCAGGUUGUACAUUACCGGAAACCCCUUCUGCACAUUUAGAAGACGACAAAAAAGCCAUCUUUACUUGACCCAUGCACCACAAUUUUAUGCAUAAAUAAACAGACACAUACCAGAGAAGCAAACACACCCAAAAAAACAGAGCUUUCCUUGCAAAAGAAUUCAAUGGCUAUGGCCACUCACUUGUACACCUCUUAUUCUCCAAUCACCUCCAAGACCAUCACCACUAAUAACAACAGCAACAAGGUUCUUUCUGUUCCUUUACAUAAAUCGAUAGCCUCGCCUUCUCUUUCUCUGAGAACAACGGCCAGACUUUCCAUAUCAGCAGCUGCAGGAACUACUGCUUUGCAAGUGGAUGGACCCCCCACGUCUAGUAAAGGACCAAAGUCUUUGCCUUUUAGAGUGGGUCAUGGGUUCGAUCUCCAUCGUUUGGAGCCUGGGUACCCUUUGAUCAUUGGUGGGAUUAAUAUCCCACAUGAAAGAGGCUGUGAGGCUCACUCUGAUGGAGAUGUGUUAUUGCAUUGUGUAGUCGAUGCAUUAUUAGGUGCAUUGGGGCUGCCUGAUAUUGGGCAGAUAUUCCCAGAUUCUGAUCCCAAGUGGAAGGGAGCUCCAUCAUCUGUUUUUAUUAAAGAAGCUGUAAGACUCAUGCAUGAGGCAGGCUAUGAUAUUGGAAACUUGGAUGCCACCUUGAUUCUUCAAAGACCAAAACUGAGCCCCCACAAGGAGGUUAUCAGGGACAAUUUGUGUCAGCUGCUCGGAGCAGAUCCUUCUGUAAUAAAUCUGAAGGCAAAAACUCAUGAGAAGGUUGACAGCUUAGGUGAAAAUAGAAGUAUUGCAGCUCAUACAGUGGUUCUUCUCAUGAAGAAGUAAAGUAGUUCUUUAAAAACUAAAAAAUUUGGAGUUAGCCAUUGUACUUGGUUAGCGUUGUUGUCACUGUUACAGAGAUGAACAUAUGCUGGUUCUUUUGAAGACCCAUCUCACACUAGAACAAUUUCAUGAUGCAAGUUGACUUAAUGUCAGUUUUUACCACACUUGAAAGAAUAGUAUCUUGUCCCUGAUAUGUUGUUAUGAUGCCUGUAUUUAUAAGUCCAUUUUAUUUGGGGCAUUUGUCUUGGAAUUAUGUACAAUAAACAUCUGAAAACGAAGCAUAGUUCUUGAAACGAUAGUUCUUGGACAAUUUGUUGUUUUCAGGACAGUUAUCCUCGCUAUCUUAUCUCGGUAAAAAGAAGGCAGCAAGUGGUUGAUGAGA